AAGAUUGACAGCUUGCACCGCUCUCCUUUACUAGUGGAAACGAUAGCACCCGUUGUGUGAGAGACGCAAUCACAACUCGGCAAGUGAUUUCUCUCGGAUUUAAUUUUGUACUUUUCAAAAAAGUUGGGAAGAAACGCACUCAGUUUGGAGUUAAUACCAACCUACGGGGUAUGAAAGUGGAGGGGACGCUACAAACUAAGUAAAAGAGGAGGUAGCCGUGUCCGUUUGAUGGCUGCUGGGGAUGGAGCCCAGCUGCCUGCCACAGUAGCGGCCAGCCGGAGCGUGGAGAAGGCGCUCGAGGAGGCUGCCGCGAGCGGGGCUCUUAACUUGGCCAACCGAAAGCUGAAGGAGUUUCCCCGGAGCGCCAGGAACUACGACCUGUCCGACAUUACACACGCAGAUCUGUCCAAGAACCGCCUGUGUGAGCUGCCGGAGGAGCUUUGUCAGUUCAUCUCUCUGGAAACGCUGAGCCUUUACCACAAUGGGAUGCGUUCACUGUCCCCCAGGCUGGGCAACCUCCAGGCCCUCACCUACCUCAACCUCAGUCGUAAUCUUCUGUCCAGUUUACCCCCGUCAGUGUUUGAGCUUCCCCUCCUGCGAGUGCUCAUAGUCAGCAACAACAAGCUGUGUUCCCUGCCUGCGUCCAUACACUCCCUCACACACCUCCGACAGCUGGAUGUCAGCUGCAAUGAGCUGCAGAGUUUGCCAGCAGAGCUCGGCCAGCUUGAGUGUCUGAGGGACUUAAACCUGCGGAGGAACCAGCUCAGCACUCUGCCUCAAGAAAUAUCGGAGCUCCCCCUUGUCCGGCUCGAUGUGUCCUGCAACCGUGUGUCCCACGUGCCCUUGUGCUACCGUCACCUCCGGCAUCUCCAGAGCAUCCUGCUCGACAACAACCCGCUGCAAAUGCCGCCUGCACAGAUCUGCUCCAAGGGCAAGUACCACAUCUUCAAGUACCUGAAUAUGGAGGCCUGCAAGAGGAACCAGGAGGAGCUGGAGAGACGCCUGCGGCCCACGGGCUUCAGCAGCUGUCUGUCAGACCAGGAGCUGUUUGCAGGUCAGUUUGGAGGGCUGGACUCUGGCUUCAACAGUGUGGACAGUGGCAGCAAGCGGUGGUCUGGGAACGAGUCAGCAGAUGACUUCUCAGAGCGUUCUCUUCGCCUGGCUGAGGGCAGCAGGGAGCAGAAGAACCUGGAGGAGGAAGAUGAAGAGGAGGAUGGAUCUCCUCUGAAUGCUAACAGAGUGAACGGCGAGGGGGCGCAUGUGGACCUGAUGGACAGCGGUGUGGCGGAGGAAGAGGAGGGCGAGAUGACGAUGGACCGGCCCACAGCUGCUCUCCCAGCGCCUCCUCUGGAGCAGAAGGAGAGUUCACUAGCCCAGACCCAGGACUCAGCAGCAUGCAGGUCCAGCCUCCAUGUGGAGGUGGGCCCCCCGUCACCGUCCCCCUCCAGCCCCACCCUGGAGGAGCGGCGACGGCCGGGCACGCUGUUCAUCUGGCAGGAGAGAGAGCGGCUGCAGCAGCAGCAGAGAGACAAGGCCAGUUUGCUGAAGUCCUCCGCCAAAGCAGGAAGUCAUGUGGCCACUACACCGCAGACAGGAAGUAGCUCAGCUGGAACUUCCCCAGAGCACAGCAGCUCCCAGCAUGCCCUGCGGCAGCGAUGCGCUAGUGCUGAACAGAUGGGCACAGUGUUUCCUUCGCCUCUGGUGCAACGCUCCAACAGCAGAACAGAUGAUCCGUCCUCCCCGAAGACGUCCCCGCCCCCCGGUCAGGCCCAGAAACCCAACAGUUUCCUGUUCCGCACGUCGUCCCGCAGCAACGUCAAACCCACAGGCUCGGCCUUCACUCUCGGGGAGUCGGGCAGGAGUGAGUCUCGCACCAUGCUGCGCACCACUAAAGACGAGAGAGUAGAGGUCACACAGCUACGCAAGACUCUGGAGUCUCGGCUGAAGAUCUCUCUACCGGAGGAUCUGGCCGAGGCCUUAUCCAACGGCACGGUCCUCUGCCAGCUGGCCAAUCAGAUCCGACCACGCUCGGUGUCCAUCAUCCACAUCCCCUCCCCGGCAGUGCCAAAGCUGAGCCCCGCGAAGUGUCGCCUCAACGUAGAGAACUUCAUCGCUGCUUGUCGUAAGCUGGGAGUCCCCGAGGACUCCCUGUGUCCCCCACAACUCAUCACAGAGGACGAGGGACUGAGUCGGCUGGCCCAGACUGUCCAAGUGUUGGUGGACCUGGCCGACAGCUCCCAGCGGACCCCCAAACUGGACUGGUGUGGGGCCGCUGGCUCAGCACAGAGCUAGCACAGCGUCGCUGGAUCUGCGAAGAUUUAACAAGAUCACAGCAAAAGAGAUCCAUCUCAAGGCCAGUGUUUGGUUUUAACGUGUUUUAAAGGAUCCAGACAGGUGGUGUCACUUACCCUGGUUGGUUAGACCCUGCUCAGGUUAAAGGGGGGCGGGGCUUAAAUGGGAAUUCAUUAGGUGGCCAAUCUUUUCUACCAUUAAGAAUGACGCUGUCAUUUGUCCCGCCCUAAAGCUAACAAGCGACUCGGGAAGAUGUCAAUCAAUCAGUCGAGACACACCCAGUCCUGAUGGGUCCAAUCAGACGCGUUAACUGAAAACACCUGUGUGCUGGGCCUUGAAAAGUUUAUUUCAUCGACUGUACAGCUAAACAUACCAUGUCCAAAGAUUAAAAUACACGAAAGACAAUAAUAAAAAGAUUUGUAAAUGACUUCAAA